UUUAAUGACAUCAGAAUUAAAUGAUCUUAAACUCAUCAGAUCUCUCUCAUGAUGCUCGUGUUCGGCUCGUUUACACCCCUACUCUCAUCCAUAUGACUAUCAACAUGCAAAAAUUUGAGAUCGUUUAACCUUUCAAUUGAUGCACCAAGACUUUUGUAGCUACUUUAAUUGUUUGAUUUGGACUCAAAUGGUAGAACAUCCCCAUUCCCCUCUCCAUUUUCAUAUUCAGCCCCAUAGCUCUCAUCUAUUUGCAAAACAACCCCUCAAUUGGGGCAACCCAAAGUCUCCCCUUCUUCACCCCCGCUUUAAUUCCCCGUCUCCGGACCACCCUGCAACUUUGGCAUGAUCCUCCUCCGCCGCACACGGCAGCCACCGUCUUCCUUCCUUCAGGCCUCUAAACUCCCUCACUUCUCAGCCACCGGUGCUUCCUCCUCCACCUCCGCAGCCUCAUCACCACUGCCGGACGACGACGACGCCGCCUCCCCCACCGUCGGAGUUCCAGAUUUUCGUCUCCUGCUCUCUCGACCCUCUUUCAAUCAUUCUAUCUGUCGUCGGCUUCUAUCACGCCUAUCACCCCGUCGAUGCGAAGUCCUUCUCACCCAGCUCCUCCCCUCUGUCCCCAUCAACGUCGCCCUCAGCUUCUUCUCCUUCGCCUCGGAUCAAUGUAGGUUUUCUUUCACCCUCCGUUCCUAUGCUCUGCUUCUUCACUCCCUUCUCAGCUCCGGCAUGGCUACCCCCGCUCGCCUCCUCCUCAUCCGCCUCCUCGACCCCUCCAGCUCGCUUCCCGUUUUCAUCGACGAUCAAGAUCGUCGUCUCCACGAGCUAUUUGAUGCUCUCACGGUCGCCGCCCCGCAGGAUUCUAUACAACCAGCGAUCGACAUGCUGGUGCAUGUUUGCGUCACUCAGCUCUCCCAAACACCGACGCUCGCCAUCGAUGCAUUCCGAUCAAUCCUCGACCGUGCGUUUUGCCCCACACUGAAAACCUGCAAUCUGCUCAUCUGUUACCUGGUCCGAGCCAAACGGAGCGACGACGCCUUCAAGGUGUUCGACGAAAUGCGCAGGUUUAUUUCUCCUGAUGUUUUCUCUUACACCCCUCUCAUUGACUUGCAUUGUAAGAGUGGCAACAUUAAGGAGGCCGUUGCUUUGUUCAGAGAAAUGGAACGUGCUAGGGUUUCUCCCAACGUGGUUACAUACAAUGCCCUUCUCGAUGGGCUUUGCAGGAAAAAUAUGCUGAAAGAAGCUAUUGAUUUGAAGGAGGAGAUGGAGAAGAGAUCCGUGAAGCCUACUGUGUUGACUUACAGGUCUAUCAUGAACAGUCUUGUUAGAGAAGAUAGGUUUGAGGAGGUGGGUCGUCUAUUCAAAGAGAUGAUGGAGAGGGGUAUUUCUCCUAAUGAGUUUAUUUAUAACACCAUGGUUGAUGGCCACUCUCGAAUGGGGCGAUUUGCAGAAGCUUUGAAGUUGAAGGAGGAGAUGAUGGUCAAAGGGAUCAAGCCCAAUCGAGUCACCUAUAAUAUGAUCUUGAAUGGUUUGUGUAAUUCUGGAGAGAUCGAACAGGCAGAGAGUUUAUUCAAAGAAAUGCUGAAGAAUCAAAUUCCCUUAGUUUCUGGGGAUUUCAAUCUCCUCAUUUCAUCCAUUUUGAGAUCAAAUUCAAGACUUAGUUCUGCAAUUUCGUUAUUUUUGGAGAUGCUUUCGCAUAAAUUACGACCGAACGACCGUCUUCUGACAGUGUUGAUGAACGAGUUGUGUAAGAGUGGGAGGCAUCAGGAAGCUGUUGCUGUUUGGUGCAAGUUGUCGGAGAACGGUUUUCUUCCUAACAUUAUAACUUCUAACGCUUUAAUUCACGGGCUUUGCAGGUCUCAAAGUACGAAACUUGCCGUCAAAAUUCUAGAAUUGAUGAUUGAAAAAGGUGUGGUUUUGGAUAAUAUAACUUUUAACACCCUCAUAUCAGGAAUUUGCAAGGAAGGAAGAUUGGAAGAAGCAUUUAAGCUCAAGGAAAUCAUGGUUAAACGAGGCCUUAAACCCGAUAAUUUCACUUUUAAUACACUGAUUCAGGGAUUAUGCAAUUCAGGGAGAAUAGAUGAGGCCAUUGUAAUUUUAAAUGGAUUUGAAAAAGAGGGAUUGAUUCCUGAUAUUUUCACAUUCAGCAUAAUAAUUGAAGGAUAUUGCAAGAUUAAGGAAGUGGAAAAGGGAAAAUUGCUCUUAAGAGAAUUGGAGAAUUUGAACUUAAGACCCAACCAUGUUUUAUAUAAUUCACUAAUUGGCGGAUAUUGCAGGAAUGGCAAUUUAGACGAAGCGUCCAAUCUCGUAAAAGAAAUGAAAAUUAAAGGAAUUACAAGGACUGAAAUGACUUAUUCCAUUCUUAUGCAUGGAUUUUGCAGUAUAGGUUGUGUAGAAGAAGCUAGAGAUGUUCUUAAGAUAAUGAGAGAGGACAACAUAACACCAAAUGUCGUAUGCUAUACUUCACUCGUCGACGGUUAUUGCAAAAUUGGCGACUUGGAAGCAGCGAGCAACGUAUUUGCAGAAAUGAGCACGAACGACAUUGAUCCUAAUAAGCUCACCUUCACCACCUUGAUGAAUGGAAAUUGUAGAGUUGGAAACCUUAAAGAAGCAGCAGAACUUUUUGACGAAAUGGUAACUCGUGGCAUCAAACCAGAUGAUGCCACUUACAGAGUAUUAAUGGCGGGAUUCUGCAAACAAGGCAGUGUCGGCGAAGCCAAUUUUGCAACUGAUUCCCCAAAAAUGUCGUGUGAUGAAUCAAACCAAUUCACAUAAUGAAGAGAUGUCAACGAAUUCAUGUUAAGAUUUCGUUAACUGAUAAGCCAUUUGAGUUUGAACAAUUGCUAUUGAUUGUGAUGUUCACUCCAAAACAGGAGAACUAUGGUUCAUGCAGAUUUGUCUAUUUGGGGAGGCCAGCUUGUGAAGAUACUAGCUGAUGUUGUGCAGAAGGUAAU